AUGUUUAAAGGAUGUUUAAGUUGUUUCAACAUCAUAUGUUUCAGGAAGAAGCAGGAUAGAGAACAACACAAACCAGUGAAAGCAGAGGAUGUGGUUGAGCCGGUAGCACUAAAAGAUGAUGAAGAAGAAAGCAAGGGAAAGAAGACGAACAUCAUUAGAACAUCUGGAUACAUCGAACCGGAACAUGUCUACACAAGUGCCGGUUUUAAUGGGAAACUUGAGGAAAGUGAUUCUUCUUCAUCGUUGAAAAAUGAGUUUAACAAAGUGAAGACUUUUGAUUUACGAGGAGUGAAAAAAACAAAGGAGAAGUAA